UGUGUCUCUACUGCAAUGAAAGUGAACAUGAUUUCAAACAGCAGGCAUGAGUCUCAGAGAAGCUACAUGACAUCGCCAUGCUUCAUAUUAGUUGAGAUUAUCGUUGGAGAAACUGCAGUGUUUUGUCUACAGUUAGCUACAAAGGAUUUUGAAAACCAAGAAAAAACAAUAUUAACUGGAGACUGUUGUUAUAUAAAUCCACUGGUGCGCAGGACCAUCAGAUUCCUUGGAAUUUACGCAUUUGGACUGUUUGCUACGGACAUCUUUGUAAAUGCUGGACAAGUAGUAACAGGGAAUCUUGCACCACAUUUUCUUGCACUUUGUAAACCCAACUAUACAGCACUUGGAUGUAAACAGUAUACACAGUUCAUCAGUAGCGUACAUGCCUGUACUGGAAAUCCAGACCUUAUCAUGAAAGCCAGAAAGACAUUCCCAUCCAAAGAAGCAGCCCUAAGCAUAUAUGCAGCUAUGUAUCUGGCUAUGUAUAUCACCAACACAGUAAAAGCCAGAGGAACAAGGCUUGCAAAACCUGUUCUGUGUUUGGGCUUAAUGUGCUUGGCUUUUCUUACUGGAAUCAACAGAGUAGCAGAGUAUCGAAAUCACUGGUCAGAUGUAAUAGCAGGAUUUAUAAUCGGAAUAUCUAUAGCAGUAUUUUUGGUGGUUUGUGUGGUAAAUAACUUCAGAGGACGUCAGCCAGAACAUGAACAUUCUCAUAUGGGUAAUCUGGCCCAGAUGCCCAUGAUCAGCAUACCCCGAGUAGAAAGCCCUUUAGAAAAGAACCACAUCACGGCCUUUGCAGAAGUCACAUGAUGUUGAUGCUGAUGUAUAUUCACUCCAUUGGACUUCAUCUCUUUUCACAGCCCACACACGAUAAUUACAGUGUAUCAAAAAUAAGAAAUUUUUAGGAGUCCUAUUUCUGACUUGAUUUUUACGUCAUUAAAAUGAUACAACAUUUUGAAGAAUUCUUAAAUAUUAGACGUCACUUUACUUUCUAGCAAAAAUAUUAACUGUUUACUUUUUGAUGGAAUGGGACAAACUGAGCACCAAUUAUAUUUAUCUGACAAUGCCCUCUAUUUUGGCUUCUCAUUGUUUUUAAUGGUUCAUGUACCUAUUCCAACAGUACUUCAUAUUUUGAUUCAACUUUUGGUUUUUAAAAUCUACAUUUUUAAUUCAGCAUGAUCUUGUUUCCAUUUGAGGCAAUUUCAGUAUAUAAAAACUAGACAUAUAUUAUGUUCUGUAUGAAAAUGCUGUUUGCACAUUGUAUUACGCUGUAUUCCAUGUAAGAUAUCAUUCAAAAAGUAUGUUAUAUGUAAGACUGGUGCUUCUGCUUUUGAAGAGAAAAGAAAAAUGCCAAUUUUUACUGUAAUAAGUAUUGUAUCAUAAUUAAAAGUUUAUUUAUUUGGAUAUUUUCCUGACAUAAUUGUAGUUGAAUUGUUGUUUUGUAGUUCUUGAAUGUCUUGGAUGAUAUAUAUGUAUCUAGGUUAAAAGAAAUGAAAAUAAUAUAGAAAGUUUGAUCAUUGAUAUAUUCUUUAUUACUAAUGAUAUCCCAUGAAAGGUUAAGGGCUCCAUUCUUAGCUCAGUAUAUCUGAUGGGAAGCUGUGCUAUUCAUAAAUUGUUUAAACAAAUUAUUCAAGGAAGCCUCUAUCUUCUCAUAUUUGUUGUACACCCUGAUACUAUGCUGGGAGAAUGGGUGCUAACAUAAGAACUCACUGGCCUAGUGAGAGAAGUGCAUAUGAGUUUCUACUCUACAUUUUCAUGUUGGAGCACUCAUGGAAAAAAAGAAAAUGGCUCCAUUAAUUUUCUUCAGCCUAAGUGACGAGAACAGGCAGACUUUCUCUCUAAAAAUAUUUCUGCCUCUGUCUGUGUUUCAGGGCCCUAUUCUUGGAAAAAAAAAAAAUCCCCUGUCAGUCUGCAUGGUGUUGAAGAAUUGAUUUUUCUUCAACAUCAGGCAACAUUACCGUAUCUCUGUAACUGCUGUGAUCUCUGUAACUGCUGUGAAUAAUUAAAUUGAUCCUCCCCUUCAAAAGACAGCCUUGCUGGCUAUUCAUAUUGAAGCUGUCCUAUAAACAUUGAACACCAAACGGAUUUGAAUAUUGUAGAUGCUGAAGAUGCUCUUAACAUCUGGCAAAGUUUUACUCUGGCAACAUCUGCUAUGACAUUAGCACUAUAGACACACUGAGAAUAAUGUUCAGUGGAGGCUGUGGAACAUUCUAGAUUUUUUCCAUAAUUCAGUGUAUUUCCUGUGUAUUACCCAUAGUUAGAAAAUGUUUGAAACAUAAGUCUGUAGAAUCAGGUAUUCCCACAUAAUCAUCCAGAUAACACCUGAUUCUUACUUUUUAUUUUAAGCUCUGCUUUUGCUAAAAUACAACUGCCUAGCUCGUGCUUGGCAAACAGGACAACACUAAGUCAUCUUUGAGUGCAGUAGAGCAUAUCUCACAAAGUCAUUGUGCUAAGCUCAGAAUUAGAGAAUAAAGAAAUACAUCCGUGGGACGAAAAGUCCUAGAAUAGAGCCCUUAGCUACAACAGUGUUACUUAGGGGAUUGAAAAUCCACCUUUAUUAGACUAUCAACUGUGUUUACAAAAUUGUAGUAGGUCCAAAGUUUGUAUCACUGUGUUAGACACACUUACCCUUCUCUUAGUCUAGCUAUUUAGGGUCCAAUGUACUAAUGAUUUCUCUGUGUGCAGAUUUAAAUGAAAUCUUCACUCAUUUUUGCAUGGUAGCAAACCUGCAUUUUUUUUUUUAUAUCUGAUUUAUAAGAUUAUCAAGAGAUUCUUUUAUGUUAAAAGAGAUGACUCUUUUUCAGUGUACUGUAUAUCAUCAACUUGUAACUAGUCUUUUUCUCUCUCAGGAUCUUUCCCAGUCAAAUAUUUGGGUUAAAUUUAUCAUAUUAUCUCUGUGAACCAGCAGUGAGAAAACAAAAAGAGAGACACUCUGCUGUAUAAUGUAUUUUUAAAUAAAAUAAUUUUUCAUUCA